AUGCCACUUUUUGGCUGGAUGAAAUGGCCAAAAUACAAUUCCUACAAAUCCACACACUACCCUGACUCAGAAGUAGUGACAAAGACUCUGCUUCGGGAAUUAAAAUGGCAUCUAAAGGAACGAGAGAGAUUAAUACAAGAGAUCGAAAAUGAGCAAAAAGUGAAAAAAACAAGUGUGGAUUACAAUUGGCUGAGAAACUAUCAGAAUCCCCACGCAACCAUCCCAGCUACUGAACAAAGACAACUUGAAGUUCUUUGCUCACAGGUUCAACCUUGUCAAACUGGAGCUAUUCUCAGCAGAUUUCGAGAAGUUCUGGCAGAAAAUGAUGUACUGCCAUGGGAAAUUGUCUACAUCUUCAAGCAAGUUCUGAAGGACUUCUUAAGUAGUACUGACAAAGGCAGUCAGCAAGAGGGCCUGGAAGAGUCACAGAGCACAGCCUGUCCUGUUCGCUCCGUGAUCCCAGGAGAAAGCUCCAAGAGUCCAGACAAGGAUGAAAUACCCACUAUUUCAAGUUACGUAGACAAAAACACAAAGAACAGGUUCCCAACAUUCUCACAUAGGAUAUGGAACCUACCAUAUUAUUACCCAUCAAGUUAA